CAGUCGCUGACUAAGUUGGCUAAAAUCACAUAAACUCACAUAAUUACUGAUCUGACUAUUUUACAAGAGAAAUGUGUUAAAAUUUUUGGUUUAUUUGUUGUACCAUAAGAACAUUGACAUUUGACAUUGUUUGUGUUGCACAGAAUCAAAAGACGAUGGAGAGCGAGAGAUUUGAUGCUGCAGGCGGCAAUCUGCAACAGAGUUCAUUGAAGCCGGACACGACGUUGCAGCUGGACAUUGAUGAUUGCAACAACAGCAACCAGAACAAUUUGGAUGAUACACCGCCCGCCAUGAUCAUUGUGGAGACUUGCAUUAAUUCGAUAACCGAUAGUCAUGUUGUGUCCACCACUAAGCAAACAGAGAGAGACAUUUGCUCGACAAUGGAGCAACCUGCUGAUCAGGCUAGUUGUUCCAUCACACUGGGACUAAAGCCCAAUGUACAGUUCAAUCUCUUGCCACAGAAUGUUGCAGUUAGCAGUGCGGAACAGCUGCUACUGUCCAGCACGGAGGCAGCUCUGGCGGCAGCCAACAUUUCCUGUGCCACCGACAUCUUUGACUGCCACUUGGAUCCGCCAAUUGCCAAGUUGCGACGCUGCGUCGAUGGCGCCACGCAGUGCAACAACCUCAAUCUCAAUCUGAAUCUCAGCCUGAAUGUGGAGUGCGAGGCAUCCCAGUCGAGUGACUCGAUGCCAUCGAUUGGUUCCCUCGUCUGUCGCAUCUGCCACAACGCGGAUAAUCCCGAACAGCUGGUGUCGCCGUGUUUGUGCAAAGGAUCCUUGACAUAUGUGCACGUGCAUUGCCUGGAGCGUUGGAUUAGCACCUCGCGUUGCACGAUCUGUGAACUGUGCCAGUUUCAUUACAACACGGAGCAGACGUUGCGUUACACGUGCCUGCAAUCAUUGCGCUUGUGGUAUUCCCGAGCAAUGAGUCGUCGGGCAUUGCAGGAGGAUUGCCAGAUGUUCUCGCUGCUGACACUGGUGGCAUUUGGCAUUAUUGGCACAUUGCUGGUGGGCAUUCAAUACUAUGCACUUCACACGCAAUCCUGGGGACUGAGCAAACUCUGGACCAAAUCCUGGAUGCUGUUCUUCCUGUUGAUGACGAUUACAGUCUAUUUUGCCAAUGUCUACAUGUUGAUCAAGUCACAGUUGACUCCCUGGUAUCGCUGGUGGCAAUCGGCGCGCGAUAUUAAACUGAUAUUGGAGAAUCGUCGACCUUUUCCGAAUCCCAACCGUGUACAGCCACAGAUCUUGGACACGACCUCGACGACAGCCUCCAUGUUCACUCAUCAUGAUCAGCUGGAGGUGCCAAGGCGUUCUCCGCAGCCAACUUAUGUGACGCCCUCCUCCAGUGCCACCUCAUUGCCACGAGAUGUGGCACAACCAGAGCUUGCGACCAGCCAAAAGCUGAACGUGUCCAAAAGCACUGAGUUGGGCAUUCAGCUGGCCCUGCUGGGUAAUAAUUCUAAUAGCAAUCCCAAGAGCAACGAUUGCAAUGACGGCAAUGUUGAGGAGCAAAAGAGAGAGGAGAAGGACAGUGGCAACUGAGAAAGAGACAGAAGACAAUGCCCAAUGGACUGGACAGUUUUGUAAUUAAGACUCAAGGGCAAGGCUCUUUCGCUCUUUUCAAUGUUGUUCUCUAUUCCAAGUGUCCUUUGUUUAAUAUUGUUUUCCCCCAAUGCUUUUAAUGAACUUGCUCCCAGUAAAAAAAAGAAAGAAUAUAUAUAUA